CCUCUACUGAUAGAUAUUAUUUUUGUUUUCAUCACUCUGAGUUUGGUUAGUAGGUUAACACAGAUCCUGUCCUACUCUGCUGGGAAGGUUUUACUUCUCUUAUCACUGCUCUAAGGACAGUCUGGUGCAAUGUCUUCGAAGGCUGUCACUUCUUAUCAAAAGAGACACAAGCAUUAUGACCAAUCAUAUCGCAAUCUUCAGACCAGAUAUGUAGUUCAAGAAUAUUCAGCGCAAAAAAGAAGCACUUCAGCUUCUGCACAAAGAACUUCAGCAAUUUCCACCGGUUCAAGAGUAAAAUGCGUUUGUGGGGCUGAUAGAGAAAUUCAAGAAUAUUAUGUCCCAGAUUUUAAAAAAAGGCUGCAGGAACAACAUACUGCAAAACAUGCUGAGCAACGUACUGAACAUCAUGCUGAACAACAUACUGAGAGACAUUCUCACCAACACAGAAGCUAUGACCGAAGUGUUCACUAUGCCACGGAGCUGGCCUUUUUGCAAGAAGAUGUUCGUAUUGCACGGGCCCUAGCACGGGAACAGAUAGACAAAGUGUCCAUUCAAAGGAUGGUAGAGGAAAAGCUGGCGCUACAAAGACAAAUCCAUGAAGAUUGUAUAACUCGAGCCCCAGAUAUCUUGGUACGUCUCAGAACACAUACCGUUUGGGAAGGGAUGCCUGUAAAGCUUUUCUUCACCGUGCAAGGGUAUCCUACACCUGUUGUACAAUGGUACAAAAAUGAAUCUUUGGUUUGCCCAGCAAGUGAUCCAGGAAAGUACAGAAUUGAAAGCAAAUAUGGAGUGAAUAGUUUGGAAAUAUACAGAACUGAUACUAAUGAUACGGCAACCUACACAGCAGUAGCAAGGAAUGUGCAUGGACAGUCAUCUACCAAUGCUGCUGUCAUUGUAAGAAGAUUUCGAGGAGAUGAAGAACCUCUGCAUGCUGGUUUGUUUCCACACUUACCUCUGACAACACUGGUUACUUUCACAAACAUUGAAGUAAAGUUUUUGGAAACUUUUGGUGUAACGUUUGGAGUUGAAGGUGACACCGUUACUUUGACAUGUUCUGUGCUCUUAACCCCUGACUUAACCAGACUACGGCCACAGGCAGAGUGGUACAGAGAUGAUAUAUUAGUGAAAGAAUCCAAGUGGCACCAGCUGCAUUUUGGAGAGGGACGUGCAUCCCUCACACUGACCCAUUUGAAUAAGGAUGAUGAAGGACUGUACACUGUAAGGCUCGUCACCAGAGGUGGAGUCAAUCAGCACAGUGGAUUUCUGUUUGUAGCUGAUGCUGCGGCUUUGGUGGCAGGGGCACCAGGUGCCCCAAUGGAUGUUGAAUGCAAUGAUGCCAACAAAGAUUAUGUGAUUGUGUCAUGGAAGCCACCAAACACUGCAAGUGAGGCUCCAGUCAUUGGAUACUUUGUUGAUAAGUGUGAGGUGGGUACCGAGAAUUGGAUCCAAUGCAAUGAUGCUCCAGUUAAGAUCUGCAAAUAUCCAGUGACUGGUCUGUUUGAAGGACGGUCAUACCUAUUCCGUGUCCGAGCAGUUAACAAAGCUGGAAUAAGCCGACCAUCAAGGGUCUCUAUAGCAGUUGCAGCUUUGGAUCCUGCUGAUCUGUCACGGUUGCAAACAAUCCACCUGGAUGGGGGACGAGAAAUUGUUAUCUGUCAGGAUGAUUUGGAAGGUGAUGUCAAAAUCCCUGGGCCUCCCACCAAUGUCCAGGCUUUAGACACAAGCAAAACUUAUGUUGUUCUCAGCUGGGACCCACCUGUUCCCCGUGGCAGAGAUCCACUAGUGUAUUAUAUUGAGAAGACAAUGGUUGGUAGUGGAAGCUGGCAGAGAGUCAACUCCCAGAUCCCAGUAAGAUCUCCUCGCUAUGCAGUAUUUGAUCUGGUGGAAGGAAAAUCAUACAAUUUCAGAGUUAUUGCUGUGAACAAGCAUGGCGUUAGUGAGCCUUCUGAAAUAACACCACCGGUACAAGCACAGGAAUGUCUAGCUGUGCCAUCUGCUCCCGGUCGUAUAUUGGCAACUAGGAACACCAGAACAUCAGUUGUUGUACAGUUUGAUAAAGCAAAAGUAGAGGAGAAGUUAAUUGGAUACUAUAUAGACUCAUCUGUGGUGGGCUCGAAUCAUUGGGAACAUUGUAACCACAAACCCAUUAAAUAUAACAGAUUUGUUGUUCAUGGUCUAACUACUGGAGAAAAGUACAUUUUCCGUGUGAAGGCGGUUAAUGCUGUUGGUGUCAGUGAAAAUUCUCAGGAAUCAGAGGCCAUAACUGUUAAAGCUGCUCUAACAACUCCAUCCCAUCCAUACGGAAUUACCCUCCUGAAUUGUGAUGGCCAUUCACUGACUUUAGGCUGGAAAUUGCCCAAAUUCACAGGUGGAGCCAAUAUCACUGGAUACUACAUCGAUAAGCGGGAAGCUAAUCAUCUUAACUGGCAUGAAGUGAAUUCCAGCCAAGUUCAACAAAGAAUUUACAAGGUUGAGGACUUGACUGAAGGUGCUUUCUAUGAAUUUAAAGUGACUGCAUCUAACCUGGCUGGUCUCGGCCUUCCCUCUGAUCCAAGCGAACACUUUAAGUGUGAGGCAUGGACAUCUCCUGAGCCGGGACCAGCAUAUGACCUUACCUUCUGUGAGGUCAGGGAUUCUUCCCUGGUGAUACUGUGGAAGGAACCUAUUUAUUCUGGAAACAGCCCUGUUGUGGGUUAUUUUGUUGAAUACAAAGACGUGGAUGAAGAACUGUGGACAAGAGUGAACCAGACAGCAACAGCAAACCGCUACCUAAAGGUCAAGGAACUGGAAGAAGGAAAAACAUAUGUUUUCCAAAUCCGUGCUGUGAAUGCGUCUGGCAUUGGUAAACCGUCUGAUAUUUCUGAGCCAAUUCUUGUCCAUGCAAGACCAGGUGUUCAGGAGAUCACUGCAGGAGUGGACGAAGAAGGAAACAUUUACAUGUCAUACAAUUGCGCUGAAAUAUCAGAAGCCUCUCAGUUUUCGUGGUGCAAAGCCUAUGAGGAAAUUAGCGAUGACCAAAAAUUCAAGACUGAAACUAUUGGAGAAAAUUCCAAAUUGUACUUUAAAAACCCAGACAAGGAUGAUUUGGGAACAUACUCGGUGGCCGUGAGUGAUACCGAUGGCAUUUCAUCUAGCUAUGUGAUGGAAGCAGAAGAACUUGAACGUCUGAUGGCUCUAAGUCAUGAAAUAAGAAAUCCCACUAUUCCACUGAAAUCAGAAUUGGCGUAUGAGAUAUUGGAAAGGGGCAAAGUUCGUUUCUGGAUUGAAGCCCAAAACCUGUCUGCUGAAACAAGCUAUAGGUUUGUUGUGAAUGAUAUGGAGGUUAAAGACAGUGAGAGCCACCGUAUUAAAUUUGAUAGAUCCACUGGUACUAUUGAGAUGGUAAUGGACAGAUUUACACUUGAAAAUGAGGGCACAUACACAAUACAAAUGCAAGAUGGUAAAGCCAAGAACCAAUCAUCAUUAGUUCUCAUUGGAGAUGCGUUCAAGGCGCUUUUGGCUGAAGCUGAGUUCCAGAGGAAGGAAUACAUUAGGAAACAAGGCCCCCAUUUCCUGGAAUACUUGUAUUGGGAUGUUACAGAGGAAUGUGAAGUUUUACUUGUUUGCAAGGUAGCAAAUACAAAGAAGGAAACAGUAUUUAAAUGGUACAAAGAAGAGAUACCGGUAGACGCCGUGGAUGUCCCUGAUCUGCAGAAAGGCGUGUGCAUAUUCCGUAUUCCUAAGCUGACUAAAAAGGAUCAAGGUGAAUAUAAGUCAACAUUGAAAGAUGAUAGAGGCCAAGACAUAUCUGUUCUUGAACUCUCCGGAAAAGUGUAUGAAGACAUUGUCCUAGGAAUGAGCAAAGUAAGCGGAUCGUCAGCUUCUGAGCUUAAAAUUCAGUGCACACCAGAGGGAAUUAGAUUCCAUUGUUUCAUGAAGUACUACACAGAAGAGAUGAAAGUGGCUUGGUACCAGAGGGAAUCCAAGAUUUCUUCAAGUGAAAAGAUGAGAAUUGGAGGCACGGAUGAAUAUGCCUGGUUACAGAUCUGUGAGCCUACAGAGAAAGACAAAGGAAAAUAUACAUUUGAGAUAUUUGAUGCUAAAACAUCCUACAAGAGAACAGUUGAUCUAUCAGGACAAGCUUUUGAUGAAGCCUAUGCUGAAUUCCAGAGACUGAAGGCUGCAGCUUUUGCUGAAAAGAAUCGUGGUAAAGUAAUUGGUGGAUUGCCUGAUGUGGUAACUAUAAUGGAAAGCAAGACUUUGAAUCUAACUUGCACAGUCUUCGGAAGCCCUGAUCCUGAAGUGGUAUGGUUGAAGAAUGACAGGCCUCUAGAGAUAAGCGACCAUUAUGUUUCCUCACUAGAAAGCGGAAAGUAUGCCAGCCUCACAAUAAAUGAUGUUUCCUCCGAGGACUCUGGAAAAUAUGGCCUCAACGUGAAAAACAAGUAUGGUGGGGAAACAGUGGAUGUCACUGUAAGUGUAUACAAAUAUGGUGAAGAUUUACCGGAAAUUAAACCUACCCAGCUUUCUAAACCUGCACCUGCUCCGGCACCUGCCCCUGCCCCAGCACCUGAAAAAUCUAAACCAGCUUCCAAAGCAGGAAAAUCAGCUAGAAAGUAAAUAACAUAUAGCUAACAAAAUAUAUCACCCUGGCUGACAUGCGCUAGUGUUGCUACAAUGAUUAUAAUGUAAACUAGACGGCUUAGCUCUCUAAUAAUGAUCAACUUUUUAAAAUUAUGUUAAAGUUGUAGUUGCUGUGAAAAAUAAAAUGUUAAUAGACCAUAAAUGUAGUUGACAAUAUAGUAUUUUCUCAAAUCUUUUUGGAUUAUUCUAUAGCCUUUGAACAGGUUAAGUUAUUAAAUCAUACUCUUAAAAGUAAAAAGGCUGUAUCUCAGCAUCAUAUAUUACAAACUCCCAAGUACAACUUUAUUGUAUGUUUAGCUCUUGAUUCCUUAUGAUUGUAUAUUCCAAAUUUUUCUGAUGCGACUUAAGAAAUCAUAAUAUCAGAGGGUAUAUUUAUCAAGAUUCAUUUUUUGUGAUUUUUGCAAUGAGUUUUAAAGAAGCAAAAAUAUUAAAUACAAUCCUGCUGUAAAAAAAGGCUCAAAAUUGACAAUUUUGAAAAACACCUCUUGAUAAAUAAACAUACAAGCCUCUCUUGGUGUCAUACUAGUUACAUUGAUUUUUAGAGCUAGACAGAAUAUCCGCACCAUGGAUUUAGCUUUCAGGUUUUUUUUUUGUAGCUUACUGAUAUCAACAAUGAAACUAGACAGAAUCAUGUAUUAACCUAUUCAUAAUUCUGUCUGCACAAAACAUUAUAAUCUUUUCUCUGCUACCCAAUGUGUAUGUUCUCAAAGUGGAUUUAAUUUGAAGGUUUAAUUUAUUCUUAUCUAGAUUUAGCUUAAUAUAAAUCAGUGAACAGCAGCACACAGGUUCCAUGGAUUUUAAGAAAAACAAGCAUAGCCCAUAGCUAAGAUUACCUUGUGUGUUAUAGUCAUACCAACCAGUACAAGUAUCAGAUUAUAUACAUAGGCAUCACUGGGAAUAAAACAUUACCUUCAAAUGCUAGUAUCACUCGACCAUAUUGGAAUCAACUCAGUGCUGUUUUCUUGCUUUGUGCUAAUAAACUUUAAAAAAACACCUGUGCUUUUUCUGCAUUAAAUCACCUCUCAUUUU